CGUAGGGCUGCUCAGUGGAGCAUAUGACAGUGCUUAGGCACGAUAAAAUGUUCGCGUUAACUUAAAUUCUGGUCAAAAUGAGGAACACGGAUGCAGGUAAAUUGUGAUCAUGAGUGAUGCUCCAAUACUUCGAAAGGCUAUUCCACAGGCCCAGUCUACCGAUAGUGGUCACACUCAGAUGACAUCACGGCCACUUUACAUCACUGAGCCAACUGCUUCCAAACAUGUGUGCUUUUAUAAAAGCGGUGAUUCCCAGUUCAGUGGUCUGCCUGUGGUUAUCAACAGCCGCACUUUUAAAACUUUUGAGGCUCUCUUGGAUAGUCUAUCCAAGCGUGUGCCACUACCAUUUGGUGUGCGCACCAUUACAACUCCUCGUGGUCAUACGGCGGUUCAGUCUCUUGAUCAGUUACAACAUGGUCACUCCUACAUUUGCUCUGAUCGUCGAACUGUCAAACCCAUUGACUUUGAACGAGCACGCCGAAAACUGCCUCCCUGGUAUCACGCUCGUCCUGUUAGUGCCCGCAGCUUGGCUUGGUAUACACAUAGCUCUGCUCAACAUGGAACCUGCAGUGCAAGACGGAAUGAGCAUGCCAUCCUGUUGCACUCACCAAAGCGGCUAGUACUGUUCCGUAAUGGAGAACCAGAAGUGAAGCACACCCUGAUGCUGCAGAGAAGAACAACAUACUCAUUUGAAGCACUGUUAGAUCGCAUGUCAGAGGUUAUGCAUUUCCCGGUGCUCAAGUUACAUACACCUGAUGGAAGAAGGGUGGAUGGGCUUCCUGCUUUGAUAUUAUGCUCUGGGGUAUUGGUGGCUGCUGGCCGGGAACCCUUCAAAAAAAGAAACUAUGAUGUUCAGAAGCCAUCUCCACUAACAUGGCUACCUGUUAAAAGACUAGGACGGCGACAUCCAGUAACCAGAAAAAAGAAGUCCAGCAGUACCAAAUCUCGUCCCUUCUCCCCAUCCUCUGAAGACUACUUUGUGAAUCAAAUACAAAACAGUAUAUCAGGAAGUAUGUGUGAUUUUCCAAGCAACCCAAAUGGCUCUGUGGAAGUCGAGCCUACAAUGCAUCUUGAGUCAGUUGCUGAAACAGGUAUAAUCAAGAGCCGGGAUGGUGAGAAAGAGGAUGACACACACAUGCCUUCAGAUGAUGACAUUGAAAAAUCUUUCAAAGUGAAUCAAGAUGGAAGUAUGACUGUAGAAAUGAAGGUACGCCUCACUAUUAAAGAGGAGGAAACAAUUCAUUGGACAACCACUGUCAGUCGUUCCAGUGUGUACAAUCAAUGUAAAGCAACCACCUUUUCCUCUCCUGACCUGGAUGCUAAUUUACCUGACAGCAUACUCCCACAUAGUGAUACUCUUACUACAGAGGUCAGUGAGCGUGACCCUGAUGACAGCAACCAUUUCUGCCCUGAGGAUGGCUGUAAAGUAAAUGAAGAGACUGAAAUCAGUGAAGGUGCUGCAAGCAUGGAGUUAGAGCGGCUACCUUCACCGCUUUCCCACUUUCCAGGGUUGCACAAGGUACAGCACAAACAAGGAUCCACUGAGAGCAUCAAGACUGUUCGUAAUACAGAAAUUAAUGAGAACCAUUCAUACUCUUACAUGGAAGAGCUGGACAGUGGAGAAGUGAAGCAGGAAUACGGUAUGGUACAGCAUUGUAACCACCCUGUACCCAAGCCUCGAUGUACCCUGGCCUCUGAAAUUCACACCAUGACACGGCUACAACUGAGCAACUACAGAUGUUCAGAGAAUCCCCAGUUUCAGGACAAUCAGACAAAGAUGUUUGAGACACCUUUACAUAUUGAUAAAAAGCAGACUUGUCAAGAGAACUUCUCAGGCAAUACACAGCUUCAUUUGCAAGGCUUUGGCAGUUCACCUUAUACAGCAUCUUCUAACACCACUUUUACAGCAGCCUCAGAUAAAAUCUUCCAUUCCUUUAAUGAAGAUAUAAAAUCUGAGAACUUGGCAACCAUCAAAUGUCAGUCAGCUGGAAAACAAGGUACACUCUCUCCAAUUUCUGAACCUUAUACUUCCACUGACAAAACAAACACCACCUCAACAAAGAGGGCCAAGGUAGCUAUGACCCCAGGUAUCGCAUCCUCAAAAGCCUCAGUAUCUAAAGGUGUUACUCUUGGUACAACCACAAGGAGGAAGCCAGUUAGAGUAAUAGUAAAAAAGAAUCACUUGUUUAAGUCUGCUAUUCCAGAAGGAAAACAAAGGCCUAAUAAAGCUGACAUUCUGAAAGAAAUAAAGAAAAAAAGAUUUGAUAUAUUAAGCCAGAAAGGAGCUAUGAAACUAAACAAGCAUUUCAGAGCAAAAGUUGCUCAAAAACUACUAAAAAGGAGAAAUAUUAAUGCAAAUGGAAAUGUGCCUCUAAAAUCUCAAACAGAGCAGUUAGAGUGUAUUCAACUGAAAACAGAUGACUUAAGCCCUUUUUGGGUUGAAAAAGAUCAAAAUAACACCCAAGUGCAAGCUGGUAGUUACACUUUGCCCAAGACAAAAAUGCAAAAUGCAUCACUCAUCAAAGGCACACUGAGAUGGCAAACAUCAGAGUAUGUUGAACUCUGGCUACAGAGAAGUAAAAAGGUUAAACCUCCACUGCAUAACCAGCCUUCUUUAGAAACUAUACCCAAAAAUAACACAAUGGUAAAAGCAUCUCUGUUCAAUUAUCAAUCUUUUAAUUCAAUGCAACUAUCAGCAAAGGAAGCUCUUGAAGAGAAAGAGAUUUGUCUAUAUUCGCCAAAGACAAAAAAGCCAGAACAAAUAAACAGUGAUCACUUAACAAAAACAAGGGAAAACCAACAGACAUCUGAGCUAAUAAGUAAGAAAGACUCAUAUGACACUGAAAAUACUUCACUGAGGAGACCACUUGAUAUCCAUACAAAGGCUCCAACAGAACUGAUAGAUUUCCAAGCACAGAAGUUCUACACAGUAAAAAUGGCUGUAAGGCCAGAUAUGAAGCCAGUACUUGAGCAGCUUUGUUAUUACAUUCAGUCACUUCAGUUAUCUCUGAAAGCAUCUAAAUGUCUGGCAGAAUUUUCUUCACAUGUGGAAUCUACAUUUAGCUCUUCCUCUCGGGUACUCCUUGCCUUUCUUUCUGUUAUGACUUUAAAGGAUGGCUUAAGCUAUUUAAAUGCAUGUGGUCAGGCUGAUGCCAACCUACGCUGUUCUGAGGCUAUGCUCAUGCUGCAGUCUCUAAAAGAAUUGGCAGCAAUAGAAGACGCAGAACAUCUAAGGAUAAGUCUAUCUGACCUUCACAACUCAGCAUCUGUUCAGUUGUUACAGAGCUGGAAGGGCUUCCAAGUACUGAUCAAUAAAGCAAGGUUUAGCAGUGCCACACCAGAGACCUCUGUGAGUGAGUCCCAUCAAAGUCCAAGUUCAGAAGAGGAAGAACAUGCUAUCCAAGUGCUAAUGGAACAUUUAGGUGUUCCUGAGAGAGUCAUAGAGGAGUUGGCAGCCCUCAAGCAGUUAGAUGAGAACAUGAUAUGCAAUCAGACAAAAGAAACUGACAAAGGUAGUGAUUUAUUCCCAGCAAUGAAAAUGAAUGCAUUUUCAGAGCUAUACUCUAAAGAUAAAAUGGCUAGUUUCCCAGAUUUUGUGCUGGAAGAUUAUGUGAACAUCUAUGUUAAUUCAGUUAUUGAUAGAGCUAUAACUGCACACCUUAAAGAUAGUGACAAUUCACAGGAGUUCGUUGUAGGCUCACUGGAAAGACCUGAAAAGGACCUUGUGAUUGGCAAUAGAUACCAACAGGAUUUAAGAAAUGACAAUUUUUACAACACAAAGAAAAAUUUUCAAGGGGAUACAAUACCUGUUUCUGAUAUCGGCAAGGAUAUGCCAUCUGGUGAAUCUAGCUUUGGGGCUAAAAUGUACAGAGAGUUGGAGAAGGUAGGACACAAGAGACAAGAAGAAGAAACUUUAAAGAAACAUCUGGAAAAGGCAGAAGAGAUGAGAGUAGAAAGACAAAUGGAAAUUACUGAGGGAAGUGGUACAUGCAAAGAAAAUAGUGCUAAAUGGGAGAAGAAUUCUAAAUCUCUGAAGACAGUAUUAAAAAAAGAAGAGCUGAUAGGAAAAGUGGUUAAUGAGACAGAAAAACAUAGAGACACAGUUGAAAAGGAAGGGUCGAAAUUAUCAGAAUCACUUGUUACCUGUAUAGGAAAACUAAAUUUCUCUGCAAAAGAAAAGGUUAUCCAACAGGAGGAGAAUGGAUGCUAUAAUGAUGAGAUCAUUCCUAAAGAGAGGUAUUUCAGUAAAGAAAAGAAUCUUACUGUGAAAAGUCCUGGGCCAGUUGAUGGAGAAGAUCAAAUACGUUCAAAGGAGACAAUAUCAAGGCAAUUGCAAAAUGAGUUUCAGUUCAUUCAAACUCAUGACCAGUUACACAAUAGAAUAAAAAGUACAGAGAGGGAUAUUGUAUUACCUGAGGUGCAAGGUAUUCCUCAUACUCAUAUUGGAUCAAAUAUAGAAGUGGAUGAAAUACAACAUUCAAUAACACACCAAGACUUCUGUAUAGAAAGUAAGACUUAUUCUGAGGAGGCACCAGAAUGCUACUCCAUCUAUCAGGAAAACUGUUUGGAGAUUCCUGAAGAAACCACUGAAUAUGAAGAAAAUGAGAAUGAGUUUAAAGAGGAAAGAGCAAGUACUGUUGCAAAGCCUAUUGGUAGUCUACAAGACCAGGAAGAAACAGUGGGUAAGAGACCUUAUAAUACAGAACAGAAAACUGGCAAAAGGCUUUGGAACUACAUCAGUGCAACUAAUCUAGAGGCAUCAAAGAUUGUCAAAAUCACAGAAACUGAAUCAAUUGAUUCUGUCGCAUCAUCAUUAGCAUUCAGCUAUGAUUCCAAAACCAGUGAUUUGUCAAAAGAUCCAGAGGUACACAUUCAGACCAACAAAGUGAAAUCCAUCAGAGACAUGUUCCUUGCUAAGAGCAAUACAGACAUGCAGCAUGGACAGACACAGCUGAGCAGCCCAAGUUCUGAAUUGUCAGAACUUGAAUCUUCUCACAGAAAAGAAUACCAAUUAUUAACAUCUUCAGACGUAUCAAGAGAAGAGAAAAACACAUGCAAGUUGUCCAUUGCCAAGGGUUAUGUAAAAAGAACUAUUGAGCAACUUUAUGGAAAAGGCUCUAAAGGAUGUAGUUCUGAUGAGAAGAAAUCUCCUUCAACUGACAAAGUCGAGAACAGAGUAGGUCUUAGAGGUACAAAUGCCAUUCCAGAUUUGUCAUACUUUAAUGCCACAAGUUCAGCAGAUAGCUCCAAUGAGCCAAUGAACUGUGUCACUCUGAAUACCAGGAUGGGACUCAGGGAUGCAGUCCCAAUUGAUAAGGGUCACUGGUUACUUAAGGAAAACCUACUGAGUCUGAAAUCUUGUUCGGAGAAUGAAUACACUUCCAAGCAUAUUAAAGACAAGGAUGAGUCAGAGUGGGAUUCUGGAAAAGAGGAUAUUCCAUAUUCCUUAUUUGGCCAUUCUCCUAUGAUGCCUGACAAGGAUCCUUCUUUCACAGAACAAGAGGAAGAGUGCCCAGGGAGGACAAUCACCUACUUUCACCUUCCAAAUGCCAAUGAUUCUGAGGUACACCCAGAUGAGCUAAAAACUGACACUCCAAAAGGGAAAACAGAAAACAAAGUAACUCCUUUAACAGAGACUCCAAAAUGCUGGGCUGAGAAACAUAGUUUUGCAACUGUCUUCACACCAAUGGACAUCAUAAAAGCAGCUAAUAAGGUGCAUCCAAUGAUAGAAACUACACCUCCUGUAAUUACUCAGCCAACCAAAGGACAAAGUGCAGUCACAAGACACUCUGCAGAACCUGAUGCACUGGAGAUUUUAUACAUGUUUUGUGGACAGCACUGCCCCAUUCUUUAAACUUGCUUAGCAUUUCAAUAUAUAUUCUAUAAAAAUAUUUGCUAAAUCGUGAUGUCAGUAAUCAUGUGUAUGCCAUUAAUUAUUAUUAUUAUAUAUUUUUUAAAGGAUCAAGAUGCAUUUUAAAAUAUUGAGCAACACAGCACGCUGUUUAAAAAAAUGGCAUAAAACAUAAAAACUAUUUGAAACUAUUUGAAAACAGCAAUAGAACAUAAUACAACAGUUAUAUAGCAGUGCGCAGUACCUAGUGCUGUAGCUAUAGCAGUACCUGUUUCUUCUGAUCGGUGGAACUUUCAGUCAUCAGGUUAAUUGAGAAGGGAUGUCUGACUUAUUUACAUACUUAAUAACUGCAUAGUUUACAGUGAGACUGUUUUAAUUAGGAAGCCUAAAUGUAAACAAAUAGUUGAUGGUCCAUUUGAAGUAGUUAUAUAUAAAAUAUUCAAAAUAAAGGUAAAGAAGGAGUGGUGCCAAAUAACAAUAAAAAAAAAAAUCUAAACAGAGAGAGAAAGAGAAAAUCUAUCAAACUCCAAAUAAUUUAUUUGAAGAAAAGAAAAGAAAAGAAAAGAAAGAAAAGAAAAGAAAAGAAAAGAAAAGAAAAGAAAAGAAAAGAAAAGAAAAGAAAAGAAAAAACACCUUUAGUGUGUUUAAUAAAAUAUGUUCAAAGUAUGUUGGCUUAUGUCAAGUGACAUAAUCAACUGGUUUCUCAUUCUGACAGAAGUUACCCUUGAGUGAAUGGCUGAAUAAAGGUCAUAUUUGUCUUUCUGGGCCAAACAAAUAUUUGUGAUUUCUCUUCAUCCCGCAGUGUUUGUAUGUUUUAUUGCCAUGCUGCCUGUGACAACUAAGGGAAGGUUGAAGAUAUUACAUUCAGUUGAAACAAUUACAAAUCAUCAUCGUCAUAAAUUUGUUUUUGUAUGUGGUGGUGAUGUUUGUUUGUAAAUUUAGAAAUGUUGUGGAAAUGUUAGAUUCAUACAAACUAGUUUUUAUUUUAGUAUUUAUAUAUCAUACACUCUAAAUAAAUAAACAAAAGGUUCCAAAGGUGGUUUUCACAGCCAUGCAACAGAAGAACCAUGUUGGGUUCCCCAAAAAAAAACGUUUGGUGAAAAAUUAUUAAAAGAACCUGUAAGACUGUGGUGUGUACAGUAUAUUACACACACUGUGUCGAAAAAAAAAAUGUUGAAAAAAAUGUUGUACUGUUUUGUCAAAAUGCAUCUCUUUAAUCAAUGGCAGCUAAUAUGUAUUAAUAUUUUUGAAAUAGCAUAUGAUUUGUUGAGUUAAACAUAUUGUUUGUUUCCUCUUUUUAAAGAACUGGUAAUAUUUCUUUCUCAACGCUGAGGACAAAAUGACCACUAUCAUAUAAUACCUUCAUUUGUACUGCCAUAGCAAACUAAAUCCACAUAGUGGCAGCAUCUUUACAAAAAUCUUUACAUUGAAGUGCAAGUUGAUUUAUUCAUUGAUUGUGUCCUUAUUUAUAUUUUAUCUAUAUACCUGUGGUUUUUGUUUUGUUCAUCUCGCUUCACAUCGGUUUAAGUACUGGAACUUGUUAAUUAUUUUAACAAUAAUUAAACUAUUGUAAGUUACAGAAUUUUGGUCUGUGCUUUAAAAGUUAUGCAUGUUUUAAUUAAUAAAGAAGUUACAUGGAACAUUAAUACUUUUUGAUGACUACUGACCAUGACAUUACAAUUUAAAAUUAAUUAUUAGGCGAAAAUGUCAUUGAAAUAUUGAAGGUUUUAACUACGGGUAAAUUGAAACUAGGACAAUAAAGCUUGAUCAACAUUGUUUUCAAAUAAAUUUCCUUAAACAGUUCAAAGUCAUUACCUGGCUAAAUAUAGCUUUGGGAAGUAAAGCUGAUGAUGUCACAUUGAGGCACUUGUCAGAGCUCAUUUCACAAUCACAGCAGGAAAAGAAAGGGUAAGAAAAAAAGGUCAAUCCAUCUGUGCAGCAGACCUCUGGACCUAAUAUGUGAGGCUUGAACUAAUCCUCUGUGAACCAAGUGAGGCGCCACCAAGUGCCACCCGGUGG